GUAGAGGAUGUCCAAUUAUCCUUCAUUAGGCUAUAUUGCUUAAAUAUUUUUAUCUCACCUUAACCUUUGACUGUUUUCCUUUCAAUCUAUUUUUAUUAACUUUUCUAAGGAUGACCUAAAAAUGAUUAUUGGAUUCAAUCUAUAAAUAGAACCAUUAAAAGUCUCAAUAUCAUUAAACGUAAUUGGAACACAUAGGUAUACACAUAAUUAAUUAAAAGUAAAGAACUAUCGCCGUUAUAGCCCAAAAUAUCUUUGGUAAACAUUUUUAUUUAACAAUUUAUUUAGGAAUUUGAAUAAAAUUUAAAACCUGCCUUCAAAUGAGUAAUAAUGUGGUUGUCGCAAACUUAAAAGAAUCUCCUAUAUUAUUCUCUCCUAAUAAUCUUGUUUGAGUCGACAGUAACGUCAGAGCAAUUCCCCAAAAAAGUAGAAAACUAGCAAAUCGGUAAAAAUCAAACAAUUACUCGAAUGAAAUUCAUCAGCGAAAAUUCCCAUAUAUCGCAUCAUUCAUAUCUUUUUACUAAACGUUUCUUCUUGAGCAAUUUUAUUUGCAAUUUACAGAAAAAAGAAAUCAAAUUUUAUUGGAUAAAACAAGUUUUUUUUAGCAUGAUCUAUAUUGUAGUUUUACUAUGUUUCGGACAAGUAAAAUUAUUACCUACCUUUAAUUUAUUAAAAUACUUCUUGCUCCCUGAAGGUCAUUGCAUUUUUAUAAUUAAGAAUACCUGCUCUAUAGUACAAAAAUGCCAAUUUUGACUUCAUAUCAAUCGAUUGAUUUACUUUACAUUCCAAUGCAUGAGAAAUGAAAAUUUAAUAUAUUUACGAAUUUUCUAUUACCUCUUUCACCUUUUAUGAAAUCAACUAAUCAAAAAAAUAAAUUGUCAACAUUGACUCAUUCGCAUAAUAUGCCAGUCAGUGCCUUGGGCGCACAAAAAAUAUCACAUAUAUUCCUCACAUGGAGAAAACUUUUUUUAUUACACUGAAACGAAACAUUUUGCAUUUUUUCUUCGUAAUGUGAAAAUAUAAAUAAAAAAAUCUUCUAAAUUAAUUUGUCUAGGUAAAUUUUUUUGUCAAAAUUGCAUCUUUUGAGUGUUUAUUCUUGGCUUUUUGUGUCAUACUUCCUGAACUUAACCCAAAUAGUGGAGUUAUUAUUCAAUUUCAUUACCAUGAAAUGGGAUAUUCGUCAUCUGCAGGUAUUUAUUUGUUAGUGAAGUGCUCUUUUUUCGCGAAAAUCAUUAUGUAGUAAACCGUUGAACCACAAUUGACGUAUAUGCUUUAGUGUCAUCGUGCUCAGAAAUGUGUCUCCCUGCUGUUUUAUUUAAAUACAAAUCUCUGGUAUUGUGGGUAUUUUUCCAAAGUAACAUGACAAACUGGUGGAAUAUGUGAUUUACCAGCGGUGAAUCAAUUGGCAUACACCUUGCUCAAAUACAGCACACCGAAUGCAUCUCAACACCACAGGUAAUGCAAGAUCAUUAAACGGUUGAUCAUGUUGUGCAAUGAGCCAUCCACCAAGGUGACAUAGUCCGUCGUAAAUUGAAAUUGGAAUAUUAUAUUUAUAAUAUAGUUCAGCCAUUUGCACGAUGAUGCAACUUGGGGGAUUCCUCACAGUGUUUUACACCAAAUUGGCAAACUAAAUAAUAUUUUGCAAAACACGAAUCUUCCGGCACGACAAUGCAAUGAUAAUGCAACUGAUUAAUCAUAUCGACAGCUUGUGUCUUGCAUCCUGAAUUUUUGAUAAAUUUUGUAAGGAAUUGAAUAUGUGAUAAUUUUAUCAAUUUCAUAGGAUUUUCCACUUGUUUUUCCUAAAACAAGGAAAAAAUUUCAUCGUUUGAUUAACCCUUUCGGGUCUAAAAUUUGUUCAAUAAUUUUCUUAAUUUUAUAUUCAAGCCCUUUAAAACCGAAACCCGAGAGCUCAAUAUUUUAUUAAUAGUUAAAAUGGUUAAAAUACAUAUCUAUGAAUUUCUGAAAAAUAAAGAAAAUAGAUAAUAAUUUUUUUAAUUACCCUUUGGAGAAUCCGAUAUUUCUAACAUCAAUCUUUGAUCUUAUAAUUUUCACUUAAAAAUCAAAUGUGUUUCCACGUUUUCUUCCAAUGAACUUGGAGUAAUUGAACUCCUUACACCUGAAGAAAAAAUUUACCAUGAUAGACAUUUUUUUUUACAAUUUAAAAAAUCGAAUUAACAACGAUGACCAGCAAAAUCCUGCAAGGGUUAAAAGAAGCCUCUCUACAGUAAAUUUCCACAUGAUAAAUAUUUUUAAAAAAGAAAAUUUUUAAUAAAAAUUCUGCACGGAUAUAAAACAAUUUUUAAAAGAAUGUUUCCGUCUAAAUUCUAAGAUUUUACAAAAAAAAAAUCUUCUAAACUACAUAAACAAUACAUUGUGAUGUAUGAGUAUUUUUGAGCUUAUCAUUGAGUGCAUUAUUGCAGCAAUAAGAUAAUGCGAAUUUAUAGGGAAAGAGAGGAAAAGAGGGAGAGAGUGAAACGAGAGCAUUGCGAUGACUGAUGCAUUUUCCCAGAAAAUUGUGGCAAUUGCAUGCGACUCAGAUGCAAUUCCACAGUACCGCGAUACCAGCCGCUUUAGAGGUGCGCGAUGGGUUCGAGAAUGAAUUUCCAGAGCCGGCGGUUUUGUUGUGAAUGAGCAAACCACAUACACCUUCAGGUGAGACCCCACUCCUUGCUUACGAGAGGGCCUCACAGGCCACACACGGCCAUGAAUCUUUACCAUCGUAUUGGCUGAAGAGGUCGGAAAAAACGACACAUGCGACUCACACCAACUUCUUGUACUGCACUCAGACGAUGGUACACAGGUUGAGGUGUGUUGUGGAUACCCCGGUGACGACGGUACUUCUCCGCCGCCGGUGAGAUGUGUUCUUGGACUUGGAGGCAGAUUUUAUUUUCAACAUUUGGUGGACGUGUGUGUGUGUGCAUGAAGCACGUGGUGCUACCGAAGAAGGGGGCGUUUGAGAAAAAGAUUUAAUAUGUAUACCUGUCGGGAUACAGCGAGUCUGCUUUUGCUGCGAAUAUGUGCGAGGUGAGACGGCACAUCUUGGGGGUGACGCCGUCGAUGAGAAAUGGCGGGAGAGUGGCGCAAACUUAUAUGUGGCUACCUUGCCAAUCGGUCUCACUGAGGCGCACACACGAUUCGGAGAGUGAGAUUGCGACACAGUUGAUUGUUGAAUAUAAAAAGCUUCAAACAACAAAUCGACAACAGUCUUACACCAACAAGAAGAGUAUUCAGAAUUCAAGACAAGGUGUUCGCGCUUUCGCACUAAAUCAUCUUCCCAUUGUACUGCAAAGGCGCAAGGAAUUACAAAAGUCUUGAAAAAGGAAAUUAUUUCUUGAUACUUAAUUGAAAAAUUGGAAAAUCAAUUGAGAUUUAUUAUAACGGCUCAAGAAAAAAAGAAAGAACACGUGAAGAUAAUUAUUUAAAACAAAUUUGUGAAUUAAGGAAUAAAUUGCUAAAAGCAGUUUUAUCUGCCUGCAGAAAGUAGAAAUAUUCAGUGUGUGCGGUGUAUAAAUUUUGAGGUAUAAAUAUAGGCAAAAGGCAUAAUUGCACUAGUGAUGCCUGGAAAAGUCCCAGAGGUUUGUGGGUAGUUUCACACUUCAAAAUAGAACCUGAAAACACACCUGAACCGUCCUCCACUGCCCAAAGCAGCAGCACAUCGGUUACACACUGUACAACAUUUUGUGACGAAUUUCAAUCGUCAGUUGAAGUCGGUUUGCCACAGAGAUCACAGCAACUCUGUAUUUACUAGUGAAAGACACACCAAAGUCCCUUUCUGCUGAUAGGGAUACAUUUUUUUUAUCUCGUGUGCACCUGAGAGGACUCCCUUAAGUUUCUGUGAUAAGAAAAAGACAAGAUUGAGAUUUUCUUCUAUUUUUUUUUUUGGCUCUGACCAAAAUACAAGACAAAGUGACAAAACAUUGAACAAAACAAAAAAAAUGUGCCAAGUGAGUGAUUGCUGUGAGAUACUUAACCAUCCUGCCGGAAUGCUGGACAGAGAUCAAAGGACUGCUGGCCAUCUGAGGCAUCAUCGCGUGAGAAUUUCUUCUUUGGAAAAUUGUGACCAGUGCUUGGGGGAAAAUAAAAAAUUUGCAAACACCUCAAAAUGCACCACAGACUCAUCCCAAUCAUCGUGGUCAGAAGGACAUCCCGUGACGUGCACACGGCAGCGUCAGCGACCACUUCCAUGUGUGAGGAGCCGAAGAAAAUUUUGUGGAAAAGUCAAGGACCUCUGCUUAUUCCUCAUAUUUUUGUGGUUCUCACUAAAUUGUCUGACACAAGUAGCAUCGAAACCCAUAAGAUUACGCCGUGCAAUGAUUGAUAAAAAGUACACCAAUUGCCUCGAGAAGAUCCCAAAGGGUCGCGAGAAGAACACCAAUAGCUUGAUUGACUACAAUAAGCUCCAGAGUCUUGUGCGGGCGCACAAAUUGCAAGUGAAUCUGGCCCAUACGGAGAUUGAGCAUGGAAUUAUGAGUUAUAUAUCUCAAGUAUUUCACCAUACGGAUUCAUUGGAAGAUUUCCACAAGAUAUGGUCUUGGAGGAACAUUGAUUGGCUCCAUGGGAAGAACAAGAUGCCCAAGGAAUUGGGAGAAGAUGUCUCUGAUGAGUACAAAGAGAUGCUAUGCUCAAAGGAUUGGAAUAAACCAGAUACGCUUCUUACUCAAUUUGGGAUUAUGUAUGAUAAAUAUCAUCGAUUGGAUGUUGGAAUUUCAGCAAUUAUCAACUACUACGAAACAAAUCCGGCUGUAAAGAAUCAAUCGAGCAUUUUGAACUUUAUUAAGAGGCUAAAGGGUCAACUAACGGAUAUCCUCAAGACACUCCAUGAUGUCCUGGAAGCACUCAACUACGAUAGGGCAACUUUCGAGGCUAGCAAUUCCAAUACAGUACCCACGGAGUAUGUGAUUAAAGAUAAGCCUGAUCUCGACAAUUGGGUCAUUCUGCGGGAGUACAUGAAUACACUGGAGCUCCAUCGGGUUGAAUUGUGCAUAAUUGAGAAGCAAAUGCUUGGAUCAAGUGAGAACUGCCCCUGAAAAUCACACCCACGGGCAUCCUAUAUGACAAAGAGGGUUCCCUACAAAAUUCCAUUUAAACAACUACAUAUUAAUUUGUACUAUUUCACAAAAUGGAUACUAGUAAUUGUUUUCAUGAGCUCAAAUUAAAAAAAAAAACUAUCCCUAUAAACUCGCAAUUGAAUAAUAAUUAAAUAUAAUUUUGAUGUGCUUCAACUUGUGUUGCACAUUUUGCCAACUAUUUAAAACAAACAAAAAAAAAGAAUAUAAAAUUGUAAUGUAUAAUGUUUGGAAUGUCUGACAAAUUUUCCACCAAUUUAACCCUUACAAAAAAUUCUAUUUUAAGAAUAUUAUAAAUGAAAUUAAGAUAAAUGGUUAAACUGUGAUAGAGAAUAUUUAUUUAAGAACUAUCUAAGUUUAUUACGAAAUGUUUAUUUUUUAUUAAAAUUAUUAUUUUAUUUAGUCUACCAGUAAUGUUACAAAAAAUACUAUCAAAAACAAAUUCUUUGGAUAUUAAUUGGCGAUAAAAAUUCGAACAUUUUCAAAUUAAUUCCUGUUGAAGUACGCAUGUAAAAAUAAUUGUAUUGCAAACAAAUUGUAUAUUUGACGAAAUGUAACGAAUCAGUAUAUAUUAGCUUUUAGUGACGUAUUUAGAGAAAAUAUUUGUUGUUGUGAAAUACAAUUGAAAACCAAAGGAAA